AGAGAAUACAAGUUUGGUGCUCAUAACUACAAAUCUCUCCCAGUUGUCAUCUCUCAGGCCAAAGGUGUUCACAUGUGGGAUGUGGAGGGUAAAUGUUACUUUGAUUUCCUGAGUGCAUACUCUGCUGUGAAUCAAGGUCAUUGUCAUCCCAGGAUCCUGGAAGCACUGCAGCAGCAGGCAGCUUCACUCACCCUCACCUCCAGGGCUUUUUACAACAAUAUCCUGGGCGAGUACGAAGAGUAUGUUACCUCUCUCUUUGGAUAUGACAAGCUUCUUCCCAUGAACACAGGUGUGGAGGCAGGAGAAACAGCCUGCAAGCUAGCAAGAAAGUGGGGGUAUUUAGUAAAGAAAAUUCCAGAGAACCAGGCCAAGAUAAUUUUUGUUAACAACAACUUCUGGGGACGAACACUCUCUGCCAUUUCCAGCUCGACUGAUCCUGUUGCAUAUAAAGACUUUGGCCCAUACAUGCCUGGCUUCUCUCUCAUCCCUUAUGAUGACCUGCAAGCAUUAGAGGAGGCUGUGUCAGAUCCCACAGUGGCUGCCUUCAUGGUGGAGCCCAUCCAAGGAGAAGCUGGAGUUGUCGUUCCUAGUGAUGGGUACCUCAGAGGUAUCAGGGAGCUGUGUGACCGCUACAAUGUACUGUGGAUUGCAGACGAGGUCCAAACAGGUUUAGCACGUACAGGACGGCGCCUUGCAGUUGACCAUGAAAAUGUUAAGCCAGAUAUCCUCAUGCUUGGCAAAGCACUAUCUGGUGGUGUCUACCCAGUAUCAGCUGUGCUGGCAAAUGAUGAGGUCAUGUUGUGCAUCAAACAAGGAGAACAUGGCUCCACCUAUGGUGGCAAUCCUCUAGGCUGUAAGGUUGGUCUAGUAGCUUUGCAAGUGAUAGAGGAAGAGAACCUGGCAAGGAAUGCAGAAAAGAUGGGCUUAAUCUUACGCUCUGAGCUAUCAAAAUUACCAAAGGAAAUAAUUUCCGUUGUGCGAGGACGAGGACUACUGAAUGCCAUUGUUAUCAACGAGAAGUUUGAUGCAUGGGAAGUAUGCUUACGACUUAAGGAUAAUGGGUUGCUUGCCAAGCCUACACAUGGGGACAUAAUAAGAUUUGCUCCACCGUUGUGUAUCACAGAAGAGGAAAUAACAGAAUGUGUUGGUAUUAUCACAAAUACUAUCUUCUCACUGUAGUAAUUUUUUAAAUAGAACGAACUGAUAAUGAUCAAUUCCAAGAUUAAAACGAUGUUAAAGGCAAUUGUACUAGACAUGUAGCUUAAAAAGACAAAGCAUUCCAGAAGAGAUUUAAUAAGUGUGAUCCAUUGGUAUGAAACUUUAAAGUUCCAAAGAUCAUUAAGGUAAUAAUGUGAUACAUAUAUUUAAAUCAAGGCUCUGUAGAUUUAUGACUUCAGAUUAUUAACCCAAGAAAGUCUAGCACUGUGGCUUAUUUUUGUUGAGGUCCUUUAACACUCAGGAUGUAACCCACAGGUACCUAGGUCAGCAGUGGUAAGGAGACUUGCUUAUACUAGGAAAUAUAGCAUUUAUUGGAGGGGAAAGGUAAUGUGGGUACAUUCAAGGAUAGAUAGGCUGUUGAUCCAAGGAACCUACCUUGAGAUAUCCAGUAAAUUAGAAAGGAAUAGGAUGGUUUAAUUCCUAGGGAGAAGAUAUAUUUGGAAGAGUGCUUUGACUCCAAGAAUGUGAAAGCUUUUGUAGUGUCUGACUUGCAGGAUGUACUACAACUUUUUAUAUAUACAUGCUUAUCUUUUUUACUGUGAUAUGAUAUUAGAAUCCUCCAGUGAAAAAUAGUGGACUCGCAAAAUUGUAAACAACUGUGAAGACAGGGAUUGAACCCAUGACAAACUAGUGUAUUAUCCACUGUACCAUGCAUCACAAUGCAGACUAAUCUUAUGCCAUUAUGCUCUAGUGCAAGUCCCUUUAAAGCUGUUAUGGAUGACUGAAAAUCAGUGGCAAAGCUUUAACCAACUCUCUCAGUAGGAAGGUUUGAAUCCAUGACAAGCUAGUUCCUGUUUCUAGUAGGUCAGUGUGCUACCCACUGUAUUGUUCCAACCAGGUAUCAUUUUGUAUACCAUAAGCCCCACUGUAAUAGCACACUGGCCUAGCCGUGAAUUGUUUACAACUGUUCAAUGAUUUAGAUGCAUAACUUUGAAGGAACUUUAGCUAGUGCAUGUUACAGCCAUGUGGUGCAAGAUUAGUCUAAAAACUUGCACUGUUAAAACAGUAGGAUCCAUGCUAACCCUCCUAUAGUAUAUAGAAACCUUUCUAGUUGGAUGAAUCAUGUUAGGCUAGCAUGGUACAAUGGAUAACACUGGCCUGCUAUAGGUUUGAACCCUAAAUUUUUCUUAGGUUUUAUAUAUGUAACUUUUUCUGAACAUGUAAAAAAAAAAAAUUUUUAAAUAAAUUUUUCCUAAAAAGCAAGAAUU